AAUUGGAGGAUUUUAAGCGAGAUUUCAAAACAAAGCCUUUCGUUGCUACCGAGAUGGUGGAUAUGAGUUUAGAAAGGAUUGAAGACAACAUUCGAAAGAGACAGCUUGCUCUUCAGACUCUCCGAAGAGAGAUCUAUGAGGCUUCCGUACUCCGAGUAACGGGGUAUUAUAUGAAAGACAAAGUGUCGAAGAAGACGUCUACACAGAAUUUGGUCAAGUCGUCCAAGCAUGCCACCAAGAUUGGUUUACAAAAGUACAAGCAUGCAUUCGAAAAUGCUUUGGAAAAUUCCAAGAAUGCACUCGAAACUGCCAUGGGAAAAUCCAAGCAUACAUCCAAAACUGCAAGGGAAAAGGUCAAAAAUUCAUCCGAGCAUACAUCUAGGGUCUACAGUGAAAGUCACGCUGAAGAAGACGAUUCUUACACCAAGGUAAAGGAGAUAUACCGAGCCGAGAGGCAGCGAUUUAAGAACAAUCUCGAAAUGUUUAAUGGACGUCUGCAAGAAUUUCUGGACUCUCAUCAAAACAUUCAAACGGUCGAGAGUCUCUGGGUCAGAUGCAAUCUCAACACUGUCGAAUCCGAUUACAAGACGGCCAAAUCCGUUGUCGAAACUGAUAAGCCCAUUGAGAAAACAGUAAAGAAAAAGAGACCAAAAGAGUCUCGUCAGGAACGAAGACGACGAGAGUUUAGCGAGAAGAGUGGGCUUGUCUCCCAGCAUGAUUCUCAGGUGGAGGGUAAACCUCCGACUGGCAAGAAAGAAAGGCGGAGGAAGAGGAAGUCCCGUUCUACCAAAGAGGAGAAUCAAACUUCCUGUGACCAUGAACGGCCAAUGAGUCUGGGCGGAAGUGACGUAGAGGUUACAAAGGAACCUGUGAUACUGCCCCUGCCUACACUUGACCCUAUGCCUGUGUAUUAUGACAAUUUCCAAGCAAGCUGUGCACUGACUCAUCUAUUUUCCAGCAG